GUGGGGUGUCUCCAGUUUUUGGCGUGGACAAGGGAUGCAUCAUGUGAUCAUGAUGCAUCAAAAGAUUCAAACUGAUUUACUGUUGCUAGGGUUAUCUGGGGAAGAUUUGAAUAACCUAAGCAUAAUAUGUAGGAUGCCUUUUGGCUGCAUGUUCUGUAAAAAUGUCAUUCUUAUGCUUUUUGGUGUGUGUGUUAAUAUACUGGUCUAUAUUGUACUUUGGAGUUUUAUCGUUAUUAUUGCUAUGGAUAAUGCCAUAUACUUGGUAUCUCAAUUCUUCCAGCAUAGGAUCAUUUGAAAAGUUGCUGUAUUAUUGCUCUAAAAGUCAUUUGAAUUUCUUUUGUAGAGAGCUUGAAAAGAAACCUUUCACGCCUCCCAGAGAAGUGCAUGUUCAAGUAACCCACUCUAUGCCUCCCCAAAAGAUUGAGAUUUUCAAAUCUUUAGAGGAUUGGGCUGAGCAAAACAUCUUGACUCAUCUUAAACCUGUAGAAAAAUGCUGGCAACCACAGGAUUUUUUACCAGAUCCUUCCUCAGAUGGAUUUGAAGAGCAAGUGAAGGAACUAAGAGAGAGAGCAAAAGAGAUUCCAGAUGAUUACUAUGUUGUUCUGGUUGGAGACAUGAUCACAGAGGAAGCCCUUCCUACAUACCAAACAAUGCUAAAUACCUUAGAUGGAGUUCGAGAUGAAACGGGUGCCAGCCUGACUUCCUGGGCAGUUUGGACAAGGGCAUGGACUGCUGAAGAAAAUAGACACGGUGAUCUUCUUAACAAGUAUCUUUACCUAUCUGGACGUGUUGACAUGAAACAAAUUGAGAAGACAAUUCAAUACCUGAUUGGGUCUGGAAUGGAUCCUCGGACUGAGAACAGUCCCUACCUUGGUUUCAUCUACACUUCAUUUCAAGAGAGGGCAACCUUCAUAUCCCAUGGAAACACAGCCAGACUUGCUAAGGAGCAUGGUGAUAUUAAGUUGGCUCAGAUAUGUGGUAUGAUUGCCUCAGAUGAGAAACGCCAUGAGACUGCAUAUACAAAGAUUGUGGAAAAGCUGUUUGAGGUCGAUCCUGAUGGAACAGUUAUGGCUUUUGCGGACAUGAUGAGGAAGAAAAUUGCUAUGCCAGCACACCUCAUGUAUGAUGGCCAAGACGACAACCUGUUUGAUAACUAUUCUUCUGUUGCCCAGCGCAUUGGGGUCUACACUGCCAAGGACUAUGCUGAUAUACUUGAAUUUCUGGUAGGGAGGUGGAAGGUGGAGAAUCUAACUGGACUCUCAGGUGAGGGAAGAAAGGCUCAGGAAUAUGUUUGUGGGCUGCCACCAAGAAUCAGAAGGUUGGAGGAGCGAGCUCAAGCAAGAGUCAAGGAGGCACAAAGAAUUCGAUUCAGUUGGAUUAAUGACAGGGAAGUACAACUCUAAAUGCAUAUCAAGGAGCAUCGCGAAUCUUC